GGGCCCGGCGGCCUGCAGAGCGGCCAGACCAUCGCGCUGCCAGCGCAGGGCCUCAUCGAGUUCCGCGACGCGCUGGCCAAGCUCAUCGACGACUACGGGGGCGAGGAUGACGAGCUGGCCGGCGGCCCGGGAGGCGGCGCCGGCGGCCCGGGGGGCGGCCUGUACGGAGAGCUCCCGGAGGGCACCUCCAUCACGGUGGACUCCAAGCGCUUCUUCUUCGACGUCGGCUGCAACAAGUACGGGGUGUUCCUGCGCGUGAGCGAGGUGAAGCCGUCCUACCGCAACGCCAUCACCGUGCCCUUCAAGGCCUGGGGCAAGUUUGGAGGCGCCUUCUGUCGGUACGCGGAUGAGAUGAAAGAGAUCCAGGAGCGACAGAGGGAUAAGCUCUACGAGCGACGCGGUGGGGGCAGCGGCGGCGGCGACGAGUCCGAGGGUGAGGAAGUGGAUGAGGAUUGAAACGGGCAGCUUCCCGCACUGGCCUCCCCCAACCCCACCACCAUCUCCCCCCCCCCCCCUUGGCUAGAGAGUUCCCUUUCCUCCUCGUCCCCCGUGAGCUAGUGGAGAGGGAUCAGGGGAGGCCGCCGACGGAGAAAACAAAAUUUAAAAUAAUAUAGUUAAGAGAAAUAACCAUAAGAAAACAGUCACAGACAAUUAGAGAAAAGCAGUAAAGUUCCAAGGAACUGCCAGCAACCUGCAAAGAGGACAGACAGCAGCAUCUCCUCACCUGCGCAAGAGUCUCAGCUUCUGUUUGAAACCAAGGUUCGUAAAUUCAUCAGGAUAACACUGGAGGGGAUAGGUCUUUGAAAGUCUGGGACAAAACCCGCAUCCGAGUUCCCCAGACUCGUCCAUUGGUAAUAGGUGAAUUUGUGUUGUACCUGGGUAACCUGGUCUUAGCAUCCCUCCAGGCCUCACUAUUGCACCAUCUAUCCCGUCACCUCCAUCGAAAUCAGCAUUUUGGAUCUAGGUCUUAAUGGAAUCUUUGAGAAGAAAGAGGCCUUUGCAGUUACCCAGUUCUGAGGGUACAGGUUUAUGAAAAGGAAUGCAAUUUUACAGUCAUAGACAGGGCAAGCUAAGAAUUCAAGAAGCUAUCGAAGAAUUCAGAAACCAAUUGGAUCCAUUUUUUUUUUUUUAAAAAAAAAAUGGUUUUGCAUGGAACCUGGACCAAGGCCCCUGUCUUUUCUUUGCAGAAUUGUUUUCCGGGAUGCAGAUGAAUUCAGAUAUCAAAGCUUGAACUAGAAUCCAUUACUAAAAUAGUUUAAAAGUUGGCUUUUUUUUUUUUUAACGAAAGCAAUUUUACAAUGGGGAUUGCUGAGGUAGGCACAAGAAGUCAGGCAUAAAGCACAAGAUGGAUUUGUUUGAGUGGGUUGGUUGCUGCUCACUAAAGUUCUUCCCUUGAUCUCUUCAGUGUGGAGGUCAUUACCAAGAAAUGGCUUACCAUGAGUAAGAGCUGAAUCCCUAUGGCUCCACCAUAUGAGCUAGUGAAUUAUGGCUAAUUCGGCUGUUACAGCCACUGGCUGGCUGCAUUUUAAACCUUAAAACUUGACUAUCUGCGAAAAGGAACAGUGUGGCUACAAGCCUGAGCUUUAAAGGCAUACACAUCCUCACAGAGAAGUUGGAGGCAACCGGAACUGAAGGCUUCAUUUACCUUCAGUUUAAUCUGUGGAUUUAUUGAAAUACUGACGAUCCUCAGGUCCAGAAUUCCAGCAUCAUUUAUUCUUUUAAAAUAAAUUUUUAAGAACUUGAUCCAUUGUAUUCAGUACCUCACAAUCAAAGUUGGCAAAUGAUGGAUGAGUGAUUCAAGCAUUGCACCCGGUGGAAGCUGAAAUCCAUCUGUGAAUGGAACUGAAGUGAACGUGAAUGCUGACUCUAUCCUGGAAGCAUUUUUAUACCAUCUUGAAAUUUCAACAAACUGGCAUGUGCCAGUUUAUCCAGCUGUCUUUCAAGAAUAAAAGUUGGGGUUUUCAAGGAUCGCCUCUUCUAUAUUUUAAAUGGAUUUUCAGUAUAAAUGAUUUUUCUAAUCAAGUUAACCCCACCCCAUCAAAAGGUAUUCCUAGAAAUGUCAUAGGCAACUUUGAAUUGAAUGGGAGCUAAUGUUCUUUCCAAAGUUUUUCAGGUAUUUGUGUGACACCUUCUCAAGAACCAGGAGGCAAGUAACCCCACCUCCACAAUCUUAGUAUUUCUUUUUAACUGCAUGCCUGCCCUUUAUUUGAGCUGCCUUUUUAAUUUAUUGCAUAUCCCUUUUAUUAGCUUAUUUUGGUAUUCAAUCUAUACAAUCUUUUUGUAUUUAUUGGGAAAUAAGUAAUAUACAAAAAGGUCAUUUUUGUGUCUGUGGCUGAGAGGGAGGGAAAUACUUGUGUAUAUAAAAUCAGGCUUUGAAAAAAAUUAGACUGAUUCAGAAUAUUGUUGAUCUUAGACUUAAAAAUGGGAGAGCCACAAACAUUGGUGCCCUUACAGACUAUUUCUCUACUCAUCAUCCACAGUAGAAUUUUUAAACAGAUUUUUUUAAAGCUUUUCUUUUAAAUUUUUCUCCGUUGCAAAGAAUGUUUCCUAAAUUGUAUGGGAGCAAUAGUAUUUUUGAUGUUCUAAUGACAUCCGUAUACUUGUACUGUAUUUUGUACUACAAGGCAGCUGUUUUCAAUAAUGUCCUGCUGUAUUUACCUAUGUGUUUUGAGUGUUUGUUUCUUUGCUGCGGAGAACAAAUUCCUACUUUUAGUAAAGGAGCUGAGAAGCUAGCAUUAGGUUUGCAGAAACUGAUUAUAGUUUCAAACUCUGAGGCAGCAAUGAAAAUUAAGGUUGCAGCCAUUCGUUGAUUGCUGUAACGUUUUCAUUUUCAAAUCAUGUACAAUUCCUGUAUAGACCAACUUGUUUUCUUGCUUCAGUGGUGGUUCUGUUGCUCAGCUGCAGUGAGCCAGUUCAAUUUUGCAAAGGUGCAGUACCUCUCCUUUUCAAGGGGUUGGUUUUUGUUUUUUGUUUGUUUUUUCUUUUUAUUUGGCUGAAUUGCAGUAACUAGCCUUGCCUUUCUAUUCUGUAGAAAUGACAGGGUCUUCACAAUCCUUCACCAGUGGCUACUAAGCUAUAAUUAGCUGAAUAGAAAGAAUGUGGAAGUGGUCUGAGGCAUAUAGAGUAUAUGCCAAGAACACUACCAUAUAUGGCAUCAGCUUUGGUUACCAGAGAAAUUUUCUUAGUCAUUAGACCAUAUAACAGUAAUAUAUCAUAUGUAAAUUUUUAGAUACCAAUUUGAGAAUCCUCCAAAAAAAGGAGCAAAGAAUGCAUAAGCUAUGUGUUGGCAAAAGUAAUUUAUAUUAAAAUUUUGACCUGCCUUUGUAAGAUUAAGUGGUAAAUGUCAUAGUGGUGGGUUUUUAAGUCUUAACCAAUCUCUAAGGUUUAUUUCUCCUGCAGCGGGUGGGUGGUCCAUGGCCUCCCCUCCCACUGUAGGAAGAUAGCAGAAGGGUGGGGAUUAACUGUGCCAUUUCACUGAUCCCCAUUCUAGGGACUAGGGACAAUAGAAGUCUGCAAAUGUGGAGAGUCGGCUCAUAAAUAGUAGGUUUUGAAGGCAUUGGUCUUUGGUAGCUCCUGUCAGAAAAUGGCAUUGUACAAAUUAUGGGAAGUUACCAACUUUUCUGUUGUGAUUUUUGAAAUGCUACUAUGAUUUAGAGUUGUAUUUUUUUUCUUCUGAAUUUGGCAGAUAUCCCAGCUAAUGAAAAUAGUUACAUUUCUGAGAAGUUGGAGCAAAAACUCCAUUUCAAAUUAUUGUUGAAAUGUUUGUUUUUCAGGCUACUGUAUACAAAAACACGUUUUUAAGAAUAUCAAAGAGAAGGGGGAAAAAUCUAUGCAGAGACCCUACUACUUCUUAAUGUUUUCUAUUGUCCCUCCACAUCAUUUCAGCAAGUCUAGCGGCAGUUCUUGUCAGCAAAUUCUUCAGUGCAUAUGCUGCACAAAACAAAACGUAAAUCUGCACAGCACCAAAAAGCAAACGAAAGCAAACCAAAAACCCAGACACCCUAUGUAUCUGCUGGAGGCAUGUAGGUGGUACAAAUGACCGUAGCUGUGAGCACACGUGGCUACUGUCGUGUCACUUUCCAUAAGUAUUUACUGCAGAAUGAUUGAGAGGCUUUUGGUUCAGGCAGCCAUUAGCCUCCUGCUUCCUUUGUUACCUCUGGAUCACUUUGCAGUAAAUUGCAGGUCUUUUAAAAGAUUCAAGCUUCGGUUUUCUCAAAACAAAACAAUUAUCCUGUCUUACCUGAAAAUGCAGGGUUGUGGGCAAAAGAGGCUGGUUAUAAUAAUGCCCUCAUAUUGAGUGGUCUGUAAAUGACUGCACACUUCAGGCACUAGAGUUGCUGAGGAUGCUUUGUUAAUGUGACCUUGACUGGCUUUACAGGGGUGUAGGACAGUCACAUAGGCGACUAUUUGCAUCCGCCUUGCUCUUGAGGUGGAUGGAAGUAAAGAGGCUGGAGUGUGUAAGUCAUGCACAUAAGUAUUCUUCACUGUAAAUUUUGUUUUCAUUUUUAACCCAAUUAUGGUACUUUGUCCAAUGCACAACUGAUCUCUCAGUAGAUAUUCAUUUGAAAAUAGUGUGGCCUUGACCAGUGAGAAGGGGAAGAAGUGACUUAUGCUUGUGUUGAAAUGACCUGUUUGCUGAGUGGUCGUUCUGCAACACUCUUACUAUCAUGUUUUUGAUUGAGGAGAGUUAAUGUUCUUUGACCCUGAAUUUGAGUUUUCUUCUAUUUUUAGGAAGUAUCAGAAUUGCUCUGAUGAGUAACAAAGUUGACUGCUUUGAUGUCCAAUCUCAGGUUUUAAAAUACAGUGGCAUAAAAGCCCACUGUUACUAAUUCUUAAGACAAUUUUGAUUUCUAUACCCUAAAAGUCACAUGCAUAAGGCCUGUUCAGAGAGCAGAGCCUCCAUCUUUUUGCUCCUUUUCCACUUGUACUUACUUCACUUGAAAAGGUGUCAAGUGACUUGCAUUGUAUAUUUCCAUUUUUAACCCUGAUGUAGUUCUCAAAGAUAAAGCACUUUCUGAACAUGAAAUACAUGGAUCAUGUGUGAUGGAUCAUGGUUUCUCAGGCCCCUAGAUAAUCCACUUCUGAGUAUUGUUCUAUGUAAGGAGAAUAGAGAUCUUUGCUAAUGUUAGGAAGUUUGUAUUCUUGAUUAGAAUGCAUUUGCUAGUUUCCAAUGGAUGGGAGAGUAAACAAUGCUGCAUUCACAAUUUAAUAAGUUGCUUUCCCUUGAGCCUUAAGGUAGCUUUUUCUUUUCUGUCAACAACAGCACUGAAGUUAUAGUAAGUGAAAGAGAUUAUCUGUUUUCAGGGUUGGUUUUAGAGUACUGUAAAUCAAUUAGCUGUCUUCCUAAAGAGUCAACUCCCUUCAGUAGACAGGAUGGUGGGUGUGGGGAGGGGGGCUAGGGAAGGGAGAGAGGUAGUUUAUAGAAAAGAAAAAAGAAAAAAAGAGCCACGUUUACCUUAAAAUAUAGAGAAAAAAGAAAAAAAGUUCAUGUCCUGUCCUGUUGGAAAUUUCAGAUGUAAGGUGGGAAUGACAAAGUAUAAUCCUUUCCCCUGCUUUUACUUUAGAAAACCUAAGUUAUUUUCAAAUGUUGGCCCCCAGAAGUUUCAAGAGAUAACUAGACUUGUUAACGAUGAAUUCUAUAGCAGAACUUUCAAGAGGUAGCUAGACUCAUAAAUGGUAAACUCUAUAGGUAUCUCUGACUUUGCUAUUUAAAGUUACUUUCUUCAGUCCUCACAAUUUGAACCUAGUUUCAUUAUUGAAGAAUUUAAUGAAUUUUUGUGUGAACAAAUGGAAUAGUUAAUAUUGAAAAUUAAAUUUGGAAAAUGGAAAAAGAAUAAAAUUACACCGUAAAGAUUUUUUAUUACCCUCGUAGUUCCCAUUUGCUGUGUGUACUCCUGACCCAAAUUAAGGCGUUUAUGAAUGUAUUUUAUAUUUCCUAAUAAAUAGGAAAUAGCCACCAAUGUAAUCAUGUAACCACCUGUUUUACUUUCAUUUAAAAAUCAAAUGUCUCUUGAAUUGGACAUUCCAAUUGGGAUAGGUAGAGAGAGCCAUGUUAAAAUAGUAAAUGCCAUAUUUGUAGUUUCAGUAGGAGUUCUAAUAAAGAGAACAGAACUUUGUUAGAAGUUAAAGCAUUUUCAUGAUUCUAACACUUUGGAGAAAGAUUUUUGACUAUAAACAUGAGGUUCUAUGAUCAAAUUUCAUGUCCACUACAUUACUACCCACUGGCAUGGAUAAGAAUAAUCAGUUUGUGCUCUGGAAUGUGGUCCAGAGCUCUGGAGAGAAAGCAGUAGGUCUGUUCCGUUUCCACUAGUGAAGUGCAGAAGGCACAGGUGUGUCCAUUUUCCCACCUUCAGGAACUCUUCAGUGCUAACUUUUUCAACAAAAUUAUUAUUUCUUAAAGGCAAAAUAUUUUGUGCCCUGUGUUGCAAGAUCACAAUGGUUAGUAAAUCUUAGUGUUUGGAAAUAGAGUGACAAGAAGUUUGUUUCUUCCCUUUUAAAUGUCUGUCUUAGGGAAAUACAGAUGCAGGAAAGUCCAAGAUUAUGAGCAGAAUUAUAUCCCUGAGCACAGUGUGUUGGGGGAGGUUUUAUAACAGACCCUUUUCUCCAAGCCCACAUCACUAUUGAACCAAAGCGCUCAGGAGGUUGGGCAGAAAGUCUAGAGACUUGGCUGUGUCACAAUGACUGACUUUCCACAGAGCCUGUGGUUUUGCGCGUUUUGGAGGCAGGCAAAUAUAUUUUACUUUUCCGUGACCUUGAUGUCUGAAAUUGAGAUUGUCAGUGUAUUUGAACUUUUUUUCUGAAGUUAGAGCAGUCGUAUUAGGCGUUUACUCUUGUGAACCUUCAUGCAGAUGUCUUUCCAGUCUUGUGAGUAUAGUGCAGAUGACACACUUUGUGCCCUGUCUCCCGGUGGCUCUGUUCAGCUAGGCUCUUCACUCCAAAGCUGGGACUGAUGUCCUAGUUGGGAUCUACAGAAGUCAUUUGAAUGAGUUAAAGCCAAAUCUUGAGAGCAGGAAACAGCUUCCUGCUCUAGAUGUACAAUUAGCUUAGGUUGGAAAUUACUCUAAAGAGGGUUUGGAAUGUCUUUAGUCUGUGUAAAUACCAACAUGCUUAUUAUGCAUCAUGAACCAGUGUGUAUGCCUGUGUAUGGAUUUGUAGAGCUGGUUUCUGCUUCAAUUGAAGCUGCACCUUUGAUUUUAUAAGGUCCCCUCCACCCAGAACCCUAUAAACAUUUGUAAAUAGAACACUAAAAUUUGUAGCGGUAGGAUCAAUUUGGGAAAUAUCUGCUGAGAGACCAAAAAGUUCAUUUUUUUAAGUACCUUGGUUAAAGAGUAAAGAUUAUUCCUUAUUUUUUAAAAGAAGAAUGCACUUUAACAAACACAGCUGCAUGGGCAAUUCAACAAUCCAUGAAGUGCAGUACCCAUCCAGAAACCACACUUCCUGAAAACCGUUCAAAGCAGAGUCCAGACGGGCUGGUGAUCUCACCGCCUGUAGGUUGAAGCUCAGAUUCUGAUGAAUUGUGAGACAAGCAGGGCUGCUUCAAAGAGCAAUGUGAAUACAGCCAGAAGCUUCAGACAGGUCUGUAAAAUGGCGGGUCCCGUAUUUACCACUAACUAGCAAAACUGACAGAAAAACUCAUAGAAAUAAAAAGUUUAAGAAUCCUUCCUGCUGGUGUGCACUCCUUCCAAUAGCAGACUUUUGCAAAUGGAGUUUUACAGUCUAUAUUUAAAAAAUUGUAUGUUUGUAACAAAUAAAGUAUGCGGAAAAGUGAAUGACA